UACAAGCAGCAAGAAGGCGACCUGAUAACACAGGUAGUAUAUACUCAUGUCCCGUUCAUGGAAGAUGGGUCGUCUCACCUUUAUCUUAACUUUUUUAGCCUUUUCAUUCCUCAAUGGCCGGUUUCCGGUCGCUUGAGCUCAGUCUGGACCAAUCUCUAUGCCUCCCAUUGCUCAGGCUCCAACUACGCCUAUUCUGCCUCCAGUUGAAUACAAAUUAGUCGUGGAGCAGGCAAAUUUUACCAAAUUUUGCGAAACCAGAAGCAUCUUGACUGUAAAUGGCAUGUAUCCUGGACCAGAGAUUCGGGUUCAAAGAGGACAGACAGUGCUUAUUCAUGUCCAGAACAACGGGGCUUAUGGUAUCACCAUCCUCUUGCAUGGCUUGAAGCAACCGAGAAAUCCAUGGUUUGAUGGUCCUGAAAAUGUGACACAAUGUCUGAUUCAGCCGAGAAAGAAUUUCACUUAUGAAGUCAUAACAUCCAAUGAGAUAGGAACUUUAUGGUGGCAUGCCCAUAGUGAUUGGUCUCGUGCCACCAUUCAUGGUGCUUUUGUCAUCUUACCUCCUCCAGAUGAAUUACAAGACUCUCCAUAUCAAUUUCCAAGUCACAAUCUUAUAUUUUCGACCUGGUUUAAUCAGGAUGUGAAAGAAAUAAGUGAUAUCAUAGCACAGAAUGGUACUAAUAUAGCUGAAGCAGCUGGGUAUACCCUUAAUGGUUUCCCUGGAGACCAAGUUACAUGCAACAACGUUUCGGAGCCAACAUAUAAUAUCACAGUUAAACAUGGUGAAACUUAUCUUCUCCGCAUUGUCAAUGCUGCAAUGCAUGAAGGACAGUAUUUUGGCAUCACGAACCAUAACCUGACGGUUGUUGCACGCGACGCGGCAUAUUUCAAGCCAUUUUCUUCGGAAUAUGUACUGUUAGCCCCAGGGCAGACCAUGGAUGUUACUUUCGUGGCAAACCAGAACCAAAGUCAAUAUUACAUGCGUUUUCGGUAUUUUGAUGAUAGUGCUGUCAGUACUAACACACAAAAUACCACAGGAUAUCUCAUAUAUUCUGACCCCGUUGAGGAUGUAGUCAAUACGACUUUUCCAUUCCUCCCCAAUGCUACAGAUAACACCACUGCUUUUACUUUCAAUACCCACCUCCGGAGUCUAUAUUCCAGAUCAGAUACAGAACUCCCCCGAGGCGAUGUUAAACGGGUUGUUCUGGCGGUGCAAGUAGAUUAUUUAAAUUGCACUGGUUUAUCUGAUUGUCCAUCCACCGGGAGACAAGCUGCAAGCUUUAACAGAAUUAGUUUUGCAUACCCAAAUCAGACUAAUAUUUUGGAGGCAUAUUCCAAUGGCAUCUCAGGUGUUUACAACACAACUUAUCUGCUUUCUCCAAACGAAGCAAUGGAAAACGCAACCUAUGCUUACCAUGGAACGAAUGUAAUUGAGUUGGAUUAUGGAGAUCCAGUAGAGAUUGUGUUCCAGGCAGUAGAUUUUGGUCCUGCUGGAGGUCAUCCACUACAUUUGCAUGGUUACAGCUUCUUCCAAGUCGGUAUGAAUAAUGGAACUUUUAACAGUACGACUGACCCUGCUUCAUAUAACUUGGAUGAUCCGCCAGAGAUGAACAUUGCUGUUCUUUUGGGGAGUGGAUGGACAGCCGUUAGAUUUUUUGCAAAUAAUCCUGGGGUAUGGUUUAUGCACUGUCAUUUUGAAUCGCAUGUCAGCUGGGGAAUGGCAACAGCUUUCAUUGUGAAGGAUGGCCCUAACGAAGACCACAAAAUGCGGGCCCGUCCAAAGGGAAUGCCUAGUUGUGGUUCAUGAGCCUUACAAGUAGUAAUGCUCAAUGUGAUCAUGUGCAUCCUUGGUUUCUUCCUCGGUGUCUUCGUUCAUGGUUUUUCUGUGCUACUGAAUGUUGAAUUGUAUACGUUGAGAGUCUUUUCUGUAAGAUUUGUUGAGGAUUGCCUUGUUAGUUAAUGUUUGCUGGUUAGAUUCUACUAAGGUAACUGCAUUCUAUUGGAUGUUCGUUGUGUCAUUCAGAGAAUAAAACGUUGUUAGUCCC